CCAACAUUUAAUAGCAAUUGGGGUUUUAGGUCUGCACUGGGGUAAAGAACACAGCUUUCAGAGGUUUCAAAAACUCGGCAGGUUGGUAAAUUCUGAGGUGAAGCCAUGGUGGGUUGGCAGAGGCAUCUCCACUCCUUAAUCCGUCAAGUUGGGAAAACCCUCGAACGAAAUCACACCCAAUCCGCCGCCUUUUCUUCUUCUUCUUCGUCUUCUCGCUUAGAGAAUGGGUUGCCUUAUCUGCAGAGACUCUGCAGCAGGCAAUCUUCUCCAACCAUUGCAAGGCCUCUUCAUCAGUACUUUCAACAAUUGGGAAUUUCGAGUUCAAGGAGCUUACUAGCAGAAGAGCCGGUUUCGUCGCCGUUGAGACCUCUUUUGACAUCUAGUACUGCAAAAACUGAAGAGCACAACCAGAAAUCACUUACUAAACCUGCUACGGUUCAAGCUAUUCUAAAGGGCAUCAAACAGAGUCCUAAGAAGGUCAAUUUGGUUGCUGCACUGGUGCGUGGAAUGCGUGUUGAAGAUGCAUUGUUGCAGUUGCAAGUGACAGUGAAGAGAGCUGCAAAAACUGUGUAUCAGGUUAUUCAUUCAGCCCGAGCGAAUGCAACUCAUAAUCAUGGGCUCGAUCCAGACCGUCUCCUUGUUGCUGAGGCAUUUGUUGGAAAGGGAUACUACAAGAAACGAAUCAACCCCCAUGCUAAAGGAAAAUCUGGAAUUAUAAUGAGACCAGAAUGCCGGCUGACAGUGGUAGUACGGGAGAUUACCCCUGACGAGGAGGCAGAGAUUGCCAAACUGAAAGUUAAGAAUUUUGUGAAGCUCACCAAGCGGGAAAGAAGGCUUGUUCCUCAUCAGUUGAUUGAGACAACUUCAAUUUGGGGUCGCAAAGGCAAGGGUCACAAUCAUGAAUCGAAUCGUAUGGCUGCAUAAUCAAGCUUUCUUUUUGAUGAUUUUCUGCUUCUAAAAGAAAGUUCUGAGCUCCUCCUAUGUGUCCUUGCAUUUCAAUGAAGUUGUCUUGUAAAAGUGUGAGAGGUCAAAGUCCCAGAGUAGGAGCAACGUUGUUUCUGUUUUGUUUGAAUGCUUAAUGUCUAGAAUAUGGUCUGAUUGUUUCCAUUUUGAUUGCCUUCAUUCGGAAAAAUAAGUUUUUGAAAUAAACCCCUGCCUACGUAAAUCAUGGUUACAUUUCUGAAUUAAUAGUCAUAGAUUUUAAGCAUAACAAUAUAGCCACAUACUCCAGAAGAUGAGAUCCUACAACAAAAUAAUAAAAAUGCUGUUA